CGUGGUUUGUUGAUUGGUCGGUGUAUGGCCAGCUGUUGGCUGCUGUUUGUGGAGGUGGAGGCAGGAUAAAACAUCCUUUGAUUGAUCAACCACUUGUCGAACAUUCCAAACGUGUCAGCAUGAGGGUCGGAUUCAUCGGCGCUGGAAAAAUGGCCCAGGCAUUGGCUAGGGGGAUUAUAGCUGGAGGACUGACGCCGCCAGAAAAGAUUAUUUGCAGUUGUCCUCGGACGGAUGUCGUAUUACUGGAACAGAUGAGAAAGCUGGGUUGUCGCACCACUUCAGACAACGGCAGCGUAGCAGACGACUGCAGAGUGCUGCUGCUGGCAGUCAAGCCCCCCGUCGUCCCCCGCGUCCUGAAAGACGUGUCACCAUUCAUCACCCCUCAGCAUCUCGUCAUCUCUGUCGCCAUGGGCAUCACUACAAAAUUCAUCGAACAGGCCCUGCCUCCGAAGACUCGGGUGAUCCGGGUGAUGCCCAACACCCCGUCCCUGGUUCGCGAAGGGGCCGCCGUGUUCAGCCUGGGCAGUUCAACCGUGGAGGGGGAUGCGGUCACGGCCAACCAGAUCUUCUCGAGCGUCGGCACCUCGGACCAGAUAGAGGAGAAUCUGCUGGAUGCGGUCACGGGCCUCAGCGGGAGUGGACCCGCAUACGCGUACAUGGCAAUCGAGGCAUUGGCUGACGGAGGGGUCAAGAUGGGCAUUCGAAGAGAUUUGGCUCUGAAAUUGGCAGCGCAAUGUCUAUUGGGUGCAGCCAAGAUGGUCUUAGAGACCGGACAGCAUCCGGGUUCCUUGAAGGAUGACGUCUGCUCACCAGGGGGCACUUCCAUUCAAGCCGUGCACAAGUUGGAAGAAAAGGGUUUCCGAUCGGCUCUCAUUUCCGCCGUCGAGGCGGCCACCCUGCGCUCCAAGGAGGCAGGAGGAGGACAGUUCUGAGCGGAAGAAGACGGUGAACUUUGCAGUGUGGGGUUGUGCAUUAGCUACGGUGGAGAGAGAAAAGGGUGGACUGAGGGAGGACUCUCGAAAAUCGACUGAGAUUUGACUUUAACGCAUCUCAGAACCUACGACUUUUAGACAUAAACUCUGUCAAGUUUAUUUUCAUUUUGUUCUAAUUGUCAAUAUGAAGCGAGGAAAAAAAAAACUAAUUUAUCAGAAUAAAUUUAUC